CUUUCUACUUCCUAAAACCCUCGAGGGAGGAAACCAGGAGUAACCCCUAAAACCCCCCCUAACGAAUUCCACUUGCGCCUCGUUCAGUAUUCACUUUCUACAGGUCGCGGUUGCCACUCUCCCUUGGAGAAUCAAUGGCUUCUGUAGCUCUGAGAAACCCUAAUUCUAAGCGACUGCUGCCAUAUUCUUCCCAACUUCACUGGUGCUGCAGGGGUUCAGUCUCGAGUCAUUUUUCAAUCGUUGAAUCUAUCUCGGGCAAUGACCGGACGUCUGCUUCCUCCACUUCUUGGUGGAGAUCCAUGGCCACUUUCACUCGAACAAAACCCCAUGUUAAUGUUGGAACAAUUGGACAUGUUGAUCAUGGGAAGACAACACUGACUGCAGCAAUUACGAAGGUGCUAGCAGAAGAGGGUAAAGCUAAGGCCAUUGCUUUCGAUGAGAUCGACAAGGCUCCUGAAGAGAAGAAGAGAGGAAUUACUAUUGCAACGGCUCAUGUGGAGUAUGAGACUGUUAAGCGUCAUUACGCACAUGUAGACUGCCCAGGACAUGCAGAUUAUGUCAAAAACAUGAUUACUGGAGCUGCACAAAUGGAUGGUGGUAUCUUGGUCGUGUCUGCUCCCGAUGGACCUAUGCCACAGACUAAGGAGCAUAUUUUGCUUGCACGCCAGGUUGGUGUGCCAUCACUUGUGUGCUUUCUUAAUAAAGUGGAUGCUGUGGAUGAUCCAGAGUUGUUGGAGCUUGUAGAAAUGGAGCUCCGGGGUAUGUUGGCUUUUGUGGCCAUUAUGUUGAUGGAAUGUAGUUUCAUUACACAUCCUCAUAUACUUUCUGUCUUGAAGGGACGUGGGACUGUUGCAACCGGUCGUGUUGAGCAAGGGACCAUUAAAGUUGGUGAAGAAGUUGAAAUUUUGGGAUUAAUGCAGGGUACCCCUCUGAAAACUACUGUUACCGGUGUUGAGAUGUUCAAGAAAAUCUUAGAUCAGGGACAAGCUGGUGACAAUGUGGGUCUUCUUUUACGUGGCCUAAAACGAGAAGAUGUUCAACGAGGAAUGGUGAUUGCCAAGCCUGGAUCUGUUAAAACAUAUAAGAGGUUUGAAGCAGAAAUAUAUGUUCUCACAAAGGAUGAAGGUGGGCGCCAUACUGCUUUCUUCUCAAACUACAGACCUCAGUUCUACAUGAGGACAGCAGAUGUCACUGGCAAAGUGGAAUUGCCAGAAAAUGUAAAGAUGGUUAUGCCUGGUGACAAUGUGACUGCAGUUUUUGAAUUAAUCUCAUCAGUGCCUCUUGAAGCAGGUCAAAGAUUUGCUUUGAGGGAGGGAGGUAGAACUGUGGGUGCAGGUGUGGUAUCAAAGGUAAUUAGCUGAGAUGCUGUUUUUUGGUCGUCCAAAUCCUUUCCAUCUGUUGGUUGGAAAGGGGGUUGGUAGCGAGACUUGAUGCCUGAUCUCAGUAGAAAUGAAUACCGAUUGGAAUGCCUUACAUAAUUGCAAUCUGCCCUUAACUUAAUGCUUGUUCUAGGAAUUAUAAGAAAAUUUUAGAGAUCACGAAUUGAGGAGAAUUAGAGAGGAAGUUUGUCUUCUGUUUUCAUUUCACGGUGCAGAACCAAGCAAUAUGGCCUUGAUUGUUUUGAUCCUUUUUUUUUCUCAUCUUCAUUAGUUAAAUAAUAUUCCUUUCAAGUAGUGCCAAUGCUGGACCAAAACACGUUGCAGCAAGCAUAGGGGCUGCAGGAUUAUUUGUUGCUUUUCUGGAAGCUGUAAUGGUUAUAAAUUUUGGCAGGAAACUUCUGAAUUUGCCGGCCAAACUGGUCUGCUUUUUCACUAGGAUCAAGCAGUGAAUACAUAUAUUUAUCUCCUGAUGGAUUGUCUCAUGCAGAUGGAAAAGCUAAUUAGUCAACUUUUACAAUGAACAUAUGAAUUUUGCCA